CUAGGCCACCGCUCUUUGAUGGCACCAACUACACGUAUUGGAAAGAGCGGAUGAGAAUUUAUAUCCGCUCAACCAACUUUCAGUUGUGGUUGGUCAUCAAGAAUGGCGAGGAAAUUCCAACGAAGAAGGUCGGUGAAAAACUCGUCCCAAAGACCGAGGACGAAUUUGAUGCCGAGGACAUCAAAAAGGUGGAGAACUACGCCAAAGCAAUCAACAUGCUGUAUUGUGCUGUCAAUCCUGAUGAUUAUCGCAAGAUCUCUUGCUGCACCACUGCCAAAGAAAUGUGGGACAAGCUGGAGGUCACAUAUGAAGGUACGGACCAAGUUCGGGAAGCCAAAAUUGACUUCCUAACGCAGGAGUACGAGAUGUUCAGGAUGAAGGAAGGUGAAAAGAUCGAUGACAUGUUCGAUCGGUUUUCAAAAAUCAUCAACGACCUUCACGCUCUCAAGAAGACGUACACCAACAGGGAUCUCGUGAGGAAAAUCCUGCGGAGUCUCACACCCGAAUGGAGAUCAAAGGCUGAUGCAAUCUACGAGUCCAUCGGAGUCUCCAAUGUCACCAUCGACGGGCUAAGAGGUAACCUCAAAACUUAUGAAUCCACAAUUCUAACCCCGUCUUUGGAUGAACAAAAGAAGAAGGGUAUAGCGCUGAAAGCAACAAAGGAGACCGUGGAAGUAGACUCGAGCGAUGAUGACAACGAGUUCGGACUCGUCAUCAAGAAAUUCCACAAAUUCAUGAAGAAGGAAUUUGAGCGCAAAGGAAGAAAGCACGACGGGCCCCCGAAGUGCUAUGGCUGUGGCGAGAUAGGCCACAUCAAGCCGAGGUGUCCAAAAGGCAAAAGCGGCAAGGACAAACCUGGCUUCAAAAAGCAACGAGCCUACAUCUCAUGGGGUGGAGACUCCGGUGACGAGUCAACUGAUCAAGAAGAGGAGGAAGCCGCCAACCUCUGCCUCAUGGCGCACGAAGAUCAAACCGACGACGUUCAAGAGUAUAACGUGGAAUUCAGGCCAUGCCCAUCCAUCAAGGGGCAAGCACUUUCCGACUUUCAAGUUGAGUGCACCGCUAGAGAAAUGACAAGAGCCCAGGUUGAAACUCGGGAGGAGAAGGAUUGGUGGAUAAUGAGCAUCGAUGGAUCUUCUGGGUCUCAAUCUUGCGGAGCAGGUAUCGUCUUGAUCACCCCAGAAAAAUUCCGGAUUUAUUACGCUGUUAGAUUUCAGUUCCACGUGUCCAAUAAUGAAGCUGAAUAUGAGGCCCUGAUCAAUGGAUUGAAGAUUCUUGGUAAGAUGGGAGUAUCCAGGGUUCAGAUUUACACCGACUCCCGAUUAGUGGUGGGACAAAUCAUGGGGGAAUUUGAAGCAAAGGAAGAGAGGAUGAAAAGAUACUGGGACUUGGCCUUAGAGAUGCUGGGAAGGUUUGAGUUUAAGCUUGAACAUAUUCCCCGGGCCCAGAAUGCGGAGGCUGAUGUUCUCUCCAAGCUCAGCGCAGAGUCACCAGAAUACAUAAGCAAGUUAGCAACCAUCGAAGAGCUGGUAACCCCUAGUCUUAACAGUAGUGAAGUGAUCUCGGUAUCAGCUGAUCCCCCGGAGUGGCUGGACCGAUUGGCCAAAUACAUUGAGGACGGUGAAGCCCCGGAGGAUCCCCAAGAAGCACGUCUAUUACGGAUGAGGGCGCCAACCUACAAGGUGCAGGAUGGAGUCCUCUAUAAGCGGUCUUAUAACGGUGUUCUACUCCGUUGCCUCAGAGCAGCAGAGGCGAAGGCAUUGAUGGAAGAAAUACAUGAAGGAGUGUGUGCUGCACAUCAGGGUCCUUACUCCAUUUCCAGAAGGGCUAUUAUCCAGGGGUAUUUUUGUCCAACGAUGAGGAAGGAUUGCGAAGAAUAUGUACGCAAGUGCCCGACCUGCCAACAAUUCUAGAAUAUACCCGGGAGGCCAGCCACAAAUUACACACCCAUCAGCUCUCUGAUUCCCUUUUCGAGAUGGGGAAUCGAUAUUGUGGGAGCCCUGCCAAAAGGAGCUGGGCAGGCAAGGUGGAUUGUGGUGGCGAUAGACUAUUUCACAAAGUGGGUGGAGGCCGAGCCGCUUGCGGGGAUCACCGGAAGGCAGAUGAUCGACUUCGUUGGAACCAAUAUACUCUGUAGAUUUGG